AUGCAAUGCAGAAACCUUAGGCAGAUCCCAAAGACUGGACAUGGAGGUAUUCAUUUACUUCAGAAAUAUUCACCCAGCAGGACUUUUUCAUUAAGUGUUUGUAAAUGGAAAAGUAAAACUACCAGCCCUGAUGAUGAUGAUGAUGAUGAUGAUGUGGAAGAGGAGGAUGAAGAUAUUGAGGAUGACUUUAUAGAGGAUACUGAGGUUGAGAGGAUAUUUCAGCAGCAGAUUCCUACAGGGAUAGGUGAAGAUGACCACAGUGUCUUCAUCGUCCAUCCUGAUGUCAAAUGGGGACGAAAGAAGCAGCACCUGACUACAGCUGAUCUUCAAAUGGCAGAGGCUGUUGGUUUGGUAAACACCUUACAGAACUGGACAGUUGUGGACAGGAUCAUCCUCUCCACCAAAACACCAGAAAAGAAGAGGAUUUUUGGCAAGGGAAAUUUCCAGACGCUCACAGAGAGAAUCAGAAGAACACCUGGUGUUACAGCUGUUUUUGUAAAUGUUGAGCGCCUGUCACCAUUAUCAGAGAGAGAGCUGCAAGAAGCCUGGGGGGUGAAGGUUUUUGACAGAUAUUCAUUGGUUCUGCACAUUUUUCGUCGUAACGCCAGAACAAAAGAAGCCAAACUGCAGAUUUCGCUGGCAGAGAUACCAUUGCUCAGGUCACGACUAAAAAAUGAAGUUGCAAAUCUGGAUCAACAAGGAGGAGGUUCAAGGUACAUCAUGGGUUCAGGUGAAACUCUGUAUGAGGUGCAACAAAGGUUGUUAAAGGAGCAUGAGCUGAAAAUUCGUUCUGCACUGGAGCGACUAAGGAAGAAGAGGCAUCUGCUCCGCUCACAGCGCAAACACCGGGACUUUCCCAUCGUUGCUGUAAUGGGUUACACUAACUGUGGUAAAACCACGCUCAUCAAAGCUCUUACCGGUGAUGCUGGUCUCCAGCCUAAAGAUCAGCUUUUUGCCACCUUAGAUGUCACAGUACAUGCAGGACAGCUGCCCAGUUAUAUGACCGUGUUGUAUGUGGACACGAUUGGCUUCCUGUCUCAGCUGCCCCACCAACUCAUAGAUUCCUUUUCAGCCACAUUGGAGGAUGUUGCACAUUCUGAUCUUAUUGUUCAUGUGAGAGACAUCAGUCAUCCAGAAACUGUGAACCAAAAAGUCAAUGUGCUAAACAUCUUGAAGAAUCUUCAGAUCCCUGAAAGACUCAUGAACUCCAUAAUCGAGGUGCACAAUAAGAUCGACCUCAUUGAAAGCUACGAGUCCUCUGAUCCUGAGGCUGUGUCCGUAUCAGCACUAAAUGAACUGGGAUUAGAGGAAUUAAAACAGAAAGUUGAAGAAGCAGUUGUAAGGUCAACUGGAAAACAGACCAUAAUUCUGAAGGUGCAGCUCAAUAGCCCUCAGUUGAGGUGGUUAUAUAAGGAAGCUACAGUUCAGGAGAUUCAUGACUGCUCUGAUGACUGCACUGCCAAUGUCAAGGUUCUCAUCAGUACUGCUGCAUAUGGCCGCUACAGGAAACUGUUCCAGGUCACUUAGCAACAGACGGCUUGUCUGCGAGCCAGAAUAAUUGUGUUCUAUUUCUGAAGUCAAUUAUUCACUGUAAACAUAUAUACACCGAUCAGCCAUAACAUUAAAACCACCUCCUU